CCACGUGACCUUUCCUUUUCGUGCCUAUGGUCGCCACACUUCUGUCUAUAUUAGCAGCCUUCGCCAAAACCAAAAAUAUGGCAACAGAACGCACGUUUAUUGCAGUGAAACCCGAUGGAGUCCAACGCGGACUCGUCGGAGAAAUCAUGAAGAGAUUUGAAAAUCGUGGCUACAAACUGGUUGCCUGCAAAAUGAUGACGGCUUCCAAGGAACAUCUUGAAAAGCAUUAUUCUGAUCUGUCAACCAAGCCAUUCUUCGCUGGCCUUGUCAAGUACAUGGGAUCUGGACCAGUUGUUGCAAUGGUAUGGGAAGGCAAGGGGGUGGUGAAGAUGGGCCGCAUGAUGCUGGGAGCCACCAACCCACAGGAGUCCAACCCAGGCACCAUCAGGGGAGACUUCUGUAUUGAAGUUGGCAGGAACAUCUGUCAUGGCAGCGAUGCAGUAGAGAGUGCCCAGAAGGAGAUCGCUCUGUGGUUUACCCCCCAGGAACUCUGCAAUUACGACAGCUGUCAAUCUUCAUGGGUCUAUGAAUAAAUCUCAACUUUAAUUUAUUAAAUGAAAGAAGCAUGACAGUUAUUGUGCUCAUGACAGUCAGUGCAGCGAAACAAUAACUUGGUAACAUUUCCAACAGUUUAAAAUCAUUAUACACGGGAGAUAACUCUCCGCUUUGUUAGAUCUUUUGCAGGACCUAUUGGUCAGCUUCCUGUUAUGUCAAGUGCUAUACUUAUACAGUCAUGUCUACUGGUGUCGGAAGUAAACAGUGCCAGGCAUUCA